UUCUGUAGCCAUUCGCUCAUCAUCAAUAUUAGUAAAUAUUUGAGGUUAAUUUAUUCUUUACGAAAUAUAAUGGGUCCAAAAACGAAGUAUUAUUUGAGCAUUAUUGUUGUUAUAGCCGGAAUUUGUGAGUUGGGAGAAGCUCUUGAUGCCCAUUACUAUGACCAAACAUGCCCUCAAGCUCAAACUAUCAUCUACGAAGCUGUUCAGAAGGCUUCAACUCGUGAUCCUAAAGUUCCUGCUCGGAUACUCAGAAUGUUCUUUCAUGAUUGUUUCAUCAGAGGUUGUGACGCAUCUGUAUUGGUGGAUUCAACUCCAAAUAAGAAAGCAGAGAAGGAUGGUCCCCCCAAUCUCUCACUGGCAGCAUUUUAUGUGAUCGAUGCCGCAAAAACUAAACUAGAAAAAAUUUGCCCCAAAACUGUCUCUUGCGCUGAUAUAUUAGCCGUGGCAGCAAGAGACGCCGUCGUUCUGUCGGGAGGGCCGAGUUGGAGCGUGGCGGCAGGAAGAAAAGACGGGAAAAUAUCAAGAGCAAACGAAACCCUAAAUCUACCUUCUCCAUCAUCCAACACAUCGCAGCUCAUUCAAAGCUUCGCACAGAGAGGGCUAUCCACUAAAGAUUUGGUGGCGCUCUCCGGCGGCCACACGCUGGGGUUCUCGCACUGCUCCUCCUUCGAGGGGCGCCUGCGCAACUUCAGCGUCGCGCACGACACCGACCCCAGCCUCCAGCCGCAGCUGGCGGCGGAGUUGAAGAGGAAGUGCCCCAAGCCCAACGGCGACCGCAAUGCGGGGCAGUUCCUGGACUCGACGGCGUCGGUGUUCGACAACGAUUACUACGCGAGGGUUGUGGGCGGGAAGGGCGUGUUCGUGUCCGAUCAGUCGCUUAUGGGGGAUUACAGGACGCGGUGGAUGGCGGAGGCGUUCGCGAGGGAUCAGGCUUUGUUUUUCAAGGAGUUUGCGGAUUCCAUGCUUCGCCUUGGGAGUGUUGGAGUUGUUGAGGAUGGACGAGUGAGGGAGAAUUGCAGAGUUGUCAACUGAGAGGGAGAGAGAUGAUGCAGGAGCCUUUUUAAUUUACUGUGUUUGGAUUCAAAAAUGAAACUUUGGUUUCAUUGAGUUAAUUAUCUUGACUGUUUGAUUUGUUGUAAGUUCUUCUCUCGCCAUCCUAGAAAUGUCAAAUUAAUGUGCCAAAUGAUGCUCCUAGCUUGUUAUGAAAUUAUUUUAUUGAUUUCAUAAUUACUUCAUAAGAUAAUAUACUUCUUUUCCUUUAUACUA